AUGAAAUUCACAACGAUUCUGUCGGUCGGCAUGCUGCUACUCGGCGUUGCGGAAGCGCAGGUUUGCUACCGCUGCUUCUAUACCCAGAACAUUGGCUGCGGUGCUUGCAACGACAAAGCCACGAAAUACGACGGCGAGGGUGGUGACACUUACUGGUGUGACAAGUGCAUUGGAGGUUGUCCUGCCGGAGACGGCCAGUACGCGUCGGCGCAGACGUCUUGUUGA